AUGGAUAUAUUUUUAAGACCUUUGGUGGAUGAAUUAAAGGAGUUGUGGAAUAAUGGGAUAGCAACGAGAGAUAGUUCGACCAACUCGAUGUUCACCAUGCGUGCUGCGCUUUUGUGGACAGUGAAUGAUUUUCCUGCUCGUAGUAGCUUGUCUGGGUGGAGUGGUCAAGGUUAUAAAGCUCGCCCUACUUGUAAUGAAGACACGACGUCCAUUCGAGUGAUCGGGAAGACAUCAUAUGUUGGUCAUCGAAGGUUCUUGCCAAGUAACCAUGCAAUGAGAAGGGAUACUCGAUUUGAUGGUAAAGCUGAAAGAAGACCUCCUCCAAGACGAUUUACUUGUGAAGAAAUAUUAUCACAAGUUAAUGCUCUCGAACCCCAAAUUCCCGGACAUCAUGAAAAUUUUGGGGGCGUGAAACGUAGAAGAGUUGCAGAAAAUUGUAAUUGGAGGAAAAAAAGUAUUUUCUACGAGUUGGAGUAUUGGAGCACGAAUAUUUUAAAACACAACAUUGAUGUGAUGCAUGUUGAGAAGAAUGUGUGUGAUAGUCUCCUAGGAACCAUCUUGGAUAAUGAUAAAUCAAAGGACACAACCAAUGCGCGCCAUGAUUUAAAGAAGAUGGGUAUUAGGGAAUCGUUGUGGAUUUAUGAAGAUGGGAAUGGGAGGCUAAUGAAACCGCAUGCUCCUUAUGUUUUGACUCGUGAGAAAAGACAACUUUUUUGUCAGUUUGUUAAAGGAAUAAAGUUUCCCGAUGGCUUCUGUUCAAAUUUAAAGAGCAAAGUUUCUCCAGAUGAGUCUAACAUUAUUGGGUUAAAAUCCCACGAUUGUCAUGUCAUUAUGCAGCGAGUACUAGCGGUUGGUGUCCGUAAAUUUCUACCUCGUGACACUGCAACAACUAUUACUCAGCUGUCUUUUUUUGACAUAAUGAUACACUUGGUAUUGCAUUUGCCUGAAGAAGCGAUAUUGGGUGGCCCGGUCUUUAUGAGAUGGAUGUAUCCUUUUGAAAGGUACAUGAAAAAAUUGAAGAAUUAUGUGGGAAAUAAGGCACGUCCUGAAGGGUCAAUUGCAGAAGGUUAUGUUGCUGAUGAGGCAGUAACCUUUUGUUCAAUCGGACUUAUCAAGCCUCUUGAUCAUACCAGUCGUGAAAAAGCUGAGUGGUACAUUCUUCAAAAUUCUCCUGAAAUCCAAGCUUACUUAGAUGAACAUUUGGACAAGAUCAGGCAUGAAUAUCCUAAUGGUAAUCACGAUGCCUUGCAUAGGCAAACUUUCCGUCCGUGGUUUCACAAGAAGAUAUAUGAGCUGCACAAGCUUGGAACUUUACAAAAUGGUGAUGAGUUACUCGCUCUCGCUUCCGGGUCCGAUUACUUAGCAACAUUUUACGAAGGUUGUGUAGUGAAUGGUGUUCGGUUUAUUGUAUCAAAGCGAGACCAAAAGCGGAAGACACAAAAUAGUGGUGUUACUGUUGCUGGAACAGAAGGGUUUAAUUAUUACGGCACACUUGAAGAUGUAAUCACUAUAUCUUAUACUGGUGCAUAUACAGUGUCAUUGUUUGAAUGUAAAUGGUAUAACACUAAUCCAUUAAGAAAGAAGACAAUCAUUGAAAAUAAUAUAACUAGUAUAAAUACUCGUGGACAUUGGUAUCAAGAUGAACCGUACAUCCUUGCUAACCAGGCGAAGCAAGUUUUCUAUCUUGAAGAUCCACUCAGAGGUCGCGAUUGGAAGGUUGUUGAAGAUAUUAGCCAUCGACAAAUUUGGGACAUUACUGACAACGAAGAUGAGACUGAUGUAGAUGUUGUUAGUGAUUCUAACUCUGCCAAUUUUGUGUUGACGGUUGAUCUUGGAGAGUUGAUUAUGCAAUCGAAUGAACCUCCAGUAAUUGUUGAAUCGUCCGAUCAGUUAGUGGAUUCUGAGAUAGAGAAUAAUGAACUGGAUGAGAAUUAUGUUGCUGAAGAAGUAGAUGAUUUACUAGUUGAACAUGUAGAGGAUGAAAAUGUAAACUUAGUGAAUGAUGGAAAUGAUAGUGAUUCUUCAGUGUAA